GCCAACGCUUGGACAACGGCAGACAUCAACCCGACACGCACAACAGACUCGGCAGCAUCUCUCAUAACCCGCCAUAAUGUUACAUAUCGACCCAGCAGCCUCCCCUGGAAUUAGAGGCAUGAUGCUCCAAGAUGUCUUGCCAAAGCGAAAUAAAAUGUGGUGGUCAUACAAGAACUUGCGAACCCUCAAUCUUCUUCUCCUAUGUGCAAUAGUCACUGAUAUCACAAACGGCUACGAUGGAUCAAUGUUGAACGGCAUUCAAAGCGUUCCGCAAUGGCAGAAGUUCUUCGGUCAUCCUACUGGUGCCAGGCUAGGAACUAUCUCAAACGGAGUCAGAUAUGGUCAAAUUGGAGGCCUCUUUCUUUGUGCACCAAUUAUCCAGAGGUUUGGAAGGAAAUGGCCAAUUGCUUUUGGAUCUUCCCUUCUUCUAAUCGGAGUUGUGCUUCAAGCUUCUGCACAAAGCUACGCCAUGUUUGUUAUUGGCCGUAUUCUGAUCGGAUUCGGUAAUACUAUCCAGCAAACCGCAUGCCCAAUCCUUAUUUCAGAGCUCGCAUAUCCAGAUCAGCGAGCUCAGAUAGUUGGAUUCAUGAUCAGCACUGGAUCCUUAGGCUCGCUGAUGGCUGCUUGGAUUACAUACGGCACAGCGACUAUAGCUGGAUCCUGGUCUUGGCGUUCUCCGAGUGCACUACAGGCAAUAUCUUCACUUUUUCAAAUUAGCCUGUGCUUCUUUGUACCUGAGUCGCCGCGAUGGCUAGUGCACAACAACCGCAGGGACGAGGCCUUAGAGAUCUUAACAAAGUAUCAUGCCGAAGGGGACCAGAACUCAGAACUACUAAAGUUUGAGAUUGCCGAGAUCGAUUAUGCUCUUGAGAUAGAGAGGGCACAAUCUACGAGCUCAUGGAAAGAGUGGAUCAGAACGGCGGCAAACAGACGCAGACUUUGGAUCGUUAUCACGGCUGGCUUUAUCCCUCAAUGGACUGGAAAUGCCUUGAUUUCAUAUUACUUACAUCUGGUCUUGAACUCAAUCGGCAUUACGAACUCUAAGACCCAACUCAUUAUUAACGGAUGCAUUAACAUAAAUGGGGUUAUCUGGGGAAAUAUUUUUUCUGUGCUUGUUAAUAAGAUUGGUCGACGCCCUCUAUUUUUGUACGGCACGGUGGGAAUGUUCUGCGCCUUCUUGAUUAUAACAAUCUUGACUGCAAUCAACACUGGCCAGGACUUCGCCAACCCUGGUAUGGGUCAUACAACGAUUGCAAUGAUAUUGAUUUUCGGGGCCUUUUAUAAAAUGCCCGGCGUUGCGUUCCCUAGUUACACAGCGGAAGUCGCACCUUACGAGCUCCGUGCAAAGGCAUUUGUUAUCACAGGUUUUGGGGAUGCACUUGCAAAUCUUUUCAGUGGAUACACUAAUCCCAUUGCUCUUGCUGCCAUAGGCUGGAAGUACUACAUUGUCUGGUGCUGUGUUUUGAUCAGCAACUUCUUUAUUAUGUACUUUUUCUAUCCUGAAACCAAGAAUCUUUCCUUAGAGGAGGUAGCGCAGAUGUUUGACGACAGCGCAGCGCACAACAAGCUGGUGGAUGAAGAGAUGCCGGAUGUCAAUGCUAAGGACACCGUUGAGAUGGGGGAGACACCUAAGCAUAUUGAACACUCCCCUGUUCAAACCGGCAAAUUAAUUAUCUGAGUUUUUUUUACUCCCUUUGUAAUCUACUAGUCCACCCAGGAGAGUUUCGUUAGAAAGGGG